AUGGUUUGUACAUGCUUACUUUCAAUUAAAAUUAUCUCUUAUGCAUUUUACGCUAGUGAACAUUAUUUCGUUAUAAGUUGAUUAAGUUAUUGGAUUUAUAAUUCAAUGUUGAGUUUAAUCAUAAUAAACACGUUGUUGUUCAAGUAAUGUUCUAUCAUGUUUCGGUUACGUCUGGCGGUCCUGUGUGUCUGCUUCGGAUCUUUAGCUACAAGGAAUCACACAUCGACGGUUAUUAUCAGUCGUGUAACGGGCAAUGCAACGGACAAGAUUCUUACAGCGCCAUCUGCCCGACAUGAAGACGGCAACGCAGCUGUCAGCGGUGAUGUCCAGGAGAGGGUACGCCUCAGGUCAACGGGGGAACCGGUCGAUGGCAGUGAGGCAGUACCUGUAGUUAUAAGACACAGAUCAUCUGUAACUGGAGAGUACAAGAAUGAGACGCAGCGGGAAAAUAUUCAAAGCACCAACAGUAUGAACACGACGGAGGCUCUGUCCAUUGCGAGAUCGUCUGUAACCGGAGAGUACAAGAAUGAAACGCAGCGGGAAAAUAUUCAAAACACAAACAGCACGAACACGACGGAGGCUGUGUCCGUUGCGAGGAUGGACGGAUCGUCUGUAACCAGAGAGUACAAGAAUGAGACGCACCGGGAAAAUAUUCAAAACACAAACAGUACGAACACGACAGAGGAUGUGUCCGGUGCGAGGAUACACGGAUCGUCUGUAACCAAAGAGUAUAAGAAUGAGACACAGCGGGCAAAUAUUCAAAACACAAACAGUACGAACACGACAGAGGAUGUGUCCGGUGCGAGGAUAGACAGCCGUAGAAACAUGCUACCAGCAUUUACUGUGUAUCCCGCAGCAGUAUCUUUCCAAACGAACCCGCCUACGAGAAUAGCACCAUCGACUGAGCUGGUCUCUCCACGGAUCGUCGAUGACUUUUUCUUGCCGUACAUGGGAGCCUCCUCGGGGUCCACUAAGGGCAACUGGGUUUUGGCUCAAAAAGCCCCUGCGCAAGAUAUUCACUGGUCGACUGUGAGAUCGUGGAUGUCCUGGGCACCCGAGUCGUUGCACGCAUGGUGCAACAGCUACUAUAAAAAUAGAUUCAGUACGGUAGGCUCAACAUAUCCAGUGUGUGGGUACCGUAUAGACCAAACGACGUUGACUUACCAGUUUAAGACGUUCGACGACUGGUGCAAAAUGGAAGAGGAAAACUUUCAAGCACGGUCAUAUCGUAUGUAUGAACAGAGUCAUAGCGUAUGCAUGAACACUGAAAGGCUUAUUAUUCCACCAGCUUCAUAAAAAAUGUGUGAAAUACAAUAAUUAAUAUAUAAACAAAAGACUGCUUAAAAAUGAACCGCAAAGGGGAAAACAAGUAUUACAAAGUUUUGUUAUUUCGACAGAAUAGACCCCAGUUUUCCCGACCGUUUUUGACCAACAUAUGUAUAUAUGUAGUCAUUGACCCAUUUUCAGGGUAUAAAUAUUUAUAGUAUUUUUCCUACUCUUCUACUGUUAUCUGUCAUUUAUGCACUCAUUAACACGAAUAUAAGAACAUACAUAAAAGGUUUCAAGAAAAGUCUAUAUUGUCUAUUCCUGAUAACAGCACUUGUGCUUUUAAUCUCUAUAACGUUACUGCGAUUAAUGGCUACCAACCUAUCAAAACCAAAACGAAUACAGUUUUAAACUAAGUGCAUUGCUUCCAACUUACAAAAUAUUCAUUUGGUUGCAUAGUAAAAAUAAUUACUUCAUAAGUCAGAAACACGCAUGUGACACCCGUAAUAUAGCAACACCCAUAGACUACGAAGACCGCUUAGCGUUGCUUGUUAGUCUCCGUAGGCUACGGUGGCCAAAAUUGAGAAAAAACUGUCCAAAAAUUUAAUUUAGCAAGUAGCAAGUACCAGGGCCUCAUGAGUUACGAGGUGUCGCGGACCGGCCGGCCGCGGCCCGGGGCGGGCCGGGCGCGUAACAAGGUAUGGUCGCGCGUCUUGGCUAUAUACUUUUGCUUUGUUUACCUAAAUUAAGAUUUAUUUUUGUUGACUCGUAGGAAAAAUAUUGUAUGCAACGUUGUAUAAGUAGGUCAAAAAAUGCUCGUGGCGUAUUCCUUUACAAUGUGAGCCGGAGCCGAAG